UGGCGACAAACUAAUAUGGACAAAAAGUGUCGGUUGCGCAGGCAUUGCGGGUAGUUAUCUCAGUGCGCACUGAGCGGCUUUUUACGCGGAGUCGCCAGGAACCUACGGGGAACCUGCUGCUCUCCAAAACUAGCCUGACCGAUCCUCCGGAGUUGAAAACUAUCAAAAUCACAAGGAAAUAAGUCUAACAAUAAAAAAAUGACUAUAGACAUAAGGUUGGUGCAUCCACCUACGCGCGUUUGGUGAUUUGUAAAUCAGCAGCUGGUGUCCGGACGGAUGUUUGGCGUAAACGAGCACAAACACGGUGCAGAAGCGAAGUGACGGGACCCGGAGAGCCGUUUGGAUUUGGGCUGCGCUGGAGAUCGUUCAUCAUGGUGUCCGUGAAGCGCUUUAAUGAGGCGUUUGUCGACUGCGUGGCUUUUUUGUUCUGCCUGGCCGUCAUGUGGGAGCUCGUUUUGGCUCAGAAUGACACGGAACCCAUCGUCCUGGAGGGCAAAUGUCUGGUGGUUUGUGACUCGAACCCCGCCGACUGGAAGAGCUCUUCCUCGCCGCUCGGCAUCUCCGUGCGCGCCGCCAACUCCAAGGUGGCUUUCUCCGCGGUGAGGAGCAACAACCUCGAGCCCUCGGAGAUGAGCAAUAAAACGAGAAUCAUAUAUUUUGACCAGGUUCUUGUCAACAUAGGAAACUAUUUCACACUGGAAUCCGUCUUUCUUUGUCCCCGGAAAGGAAUCUACAACUUUAACUUCCACGUUAUUAAAGUGUACCAGAGCCAGACUAUCCAAGUGAAUUUAAUGCUGAAUGGAAAGCCAGUCAUCUCUGCCUUCGCCGGUGACAAAGACGUCACACGUGAGGCCGCCACCAACGGAGUCCUGCUGCACCUCAACAAAGAAGACAAGGUUUAUCUGAAACUGGAGAAGGGCAAUCUGGUAGGCGGAUGGCAGUACUCCACCUUUUCUGGCUUUCUUGUUUUCCCUCUGUAAAGCAAACAGAAAGACCUCCACCUUUGCUGUCUAAUCGUCAUUGUGUAACCGGCCUUUCAGCAUUAUUGGAGGAUCUCAAAUGGAAUCCUAAUUCCAGACAUUCAUUCAGCUAUUGUCAAUACGGACUACUGGAAAAAAGCGUCAGUGACGGUGAAUCUGGAGAGAGGACGUCUAUUUCAGUGCAAUAUCGCUUUCUGCUGCAAGUCGUUCUUCAUAGCUCCAGGAGGUUCAGCACAUCAUGUCAGACUGUUUGUUCGUUUCGUUGUGGACGUUUGUAUUGCUUUUCUUUAGCGUGUGGUUUUUAGUGAAAUGAGGAAUCCUGAUUAUCAUCUGUUAAUAAGGUAGUUCCCUCGCAGAAAAGAAAAUGCAUGAAACAGUCUGGCCACUUGAGGGCGCAAUAUUUCAAAAACGUUGGCAGGCGAUAUGUGCGCUGGUAAA